UAAGCCGCCAUGUUAUCCUGUUGUCAUUGCACCAGAAGAACAUGUGUGCAAGAUCAGUGUUGAAGGACGUAACUGUUAAUUUAUCUUGUAUGAUAUUGUGAGCACGCGUAUUGGUGGUGAAAGAUGUUUAAAAAAAGUCGAAACCUAAAAUAUAUAUUAAGUCUUGUACCGGGAAAAAGACGAUUUGGAACGUACAGGUUUUUGCCCUUGUUCUUUUGUAUCGGGGGUGUUAUGGAAUGGAUCAUGAUUAACGUGAGAAUAGGAAGAGAAACAUUUUAUGACGUCUACAGAAGAAAGCAGUCUGAGAGGGAAUACCAACAGAAAAUAAGUGAGGGUCUGAUUGUCCUCACAGAAUCUAAUGCCAAAUAAUAAACCAUGUGAUCAUCAAGAUGAAAAGACUGAAUGAAAUGACUUUUCAGCAAAUGACUGUAAAUAUGUUUCGUGUGCAUGAUUGGAGGAAAGCCAAUCUGACACAAUAAAAUGUCUGUUAUAGCCUACUUGAAGAUAAAUGAUCAAAAGGAUGUAUCGUCGGACAACAGGUUGCAGACCAAUGUCUAUUUAUUAAUCAGAAAUUAUUUUAAUAACACUUCUGUCUUGAUUUCUAAACAUUUUCUUGUUUCGGUUUUAUGCCGUUUCUACAGUACAUACUU